UUUUUUUUUCUUCCAUUUUAUUUUUAACAGUUAGUUAAACAUUCUGUUACAUAUAACAUCAUUCCUCUCUGCAAAAAUAAACGCACAAAAAAUAUUCAUUUCAACAAUCAAAUGGAAUCAACAACGAGUAUUCCAUUUCCAUCCUCGAUUUCCGAUUCGAGUUCGAAAGACGAAAAAACUAUCACAAUUCAACAACUGAAAAUGCAAUUCCACAGCUCCAGAAAAGGGGAUCUGGACACCAUUGAAUCAUACAUCAACAAUUUGAAAUCAAUAGCCGAUUCUCUAUCAGCUAACGAAAAUCCUUUAUCAGAUUCAGAUUUGGUACUGCAACUUCUCGCCGGUUUGCCUUCUCCUCGAUACUCGCCUUACCAGAACAGAAUCUCAUCGCAGUCACCUCUACCUGAUUUUUCAACUGCUUCUUCUUUGCUCUACAUGUACGAAUCGUUAUUGCAAGAGAAAAAUGGAAAUCAUACUUCGAAAGAUCAAAAUUAUGAUAAUAAAGAGAUACUGCAUAAGAUUGUUGAUGUGUUUAGUACUGUAAGUAGUGCUGUUGCUACAGCAAUGGAUGUAUGGAGUAUGUUUGGAAAAUCUGCUACAACGGCAAGUAGUACAGGAAAUAGAAGAAACAGUGGAAGACGUAAUCGAGGAAGAGGGAGGAGGUAGAAAUUUGUUUCGAGUUUUCGAAUUUACGAAGAAAUUAGAAAAUGUAAUCAAUAACUAUUGUGUUGCUCUGUUUAAGAUUUUUUUUUUUCUGUGUGUGAUUUUUCAUUUUAUGUAUGUAAAAUAAGAAUGGACUGUUUUUGCUUGUUACGACUGAA